GUAGACGUGAAGAUUGUGAUUGAAGAGUUGAAAACCGAAGAAAUGCAGCGAGUUCCCGAGGUCAACAUACAUCUGCAAGAAUCCAUGAUGCAUCACUGUAUGCCUUCUCAUGAAUUUGCUGCAGAGAAAAUGAAGCUAAGAUCAAUGCGUCCGGUUGUCGUGGGCAUCCAUCCUACUCGAGAUUCAAGGAGCAAAAACUACGUAAAGGAAGGAGAGACUAAAGGAAAAUCUAAUAGGAAAACGGUAACUAAAGAGUGCUCCUCUUUCCCUUGUUAUCAGUCCGAAAACCCCAUGGCUCAAUAUUUUGAUGUUGACACCAAGGUGUGGAGGUGUUUGGCAUCGGUUGCUCGGUUGAAUGAAAUAACUGAAGUAUGUCGUUCUACAGAAUUGAUUGGAAAUUACUUGUAUGUAGUUGCAGAGGCGCAACAGACACUUUUUGCGUUGCUAUACCCCAAUACAACCGAAGUGAAGUGCCUUGUAGGGGGAAUGGAACCGUUUACACUACAGCGGUACAAAGAGGAACUUGGGAAGUCUUACAACCGGAUUACCUUAUAUCUUUGCAAGAAAACAGCAAUUUUGGAUGCCCUGUUUAUGAAAUCAUACAACAGUGGUGAAAGUGACGCCGAUUUGCCUACUUAUGAAGAGGCUUACUGCUUCAGAUUACAAUCGAUUCGUUAUGUUCAUGAUUAUAUCUACGCAAUCAGAGAAUCACAGCCAUCUCAUAGGUUUAGCUUAAAAACAAGUCAGUGGCAGGGCAUUAGUCCAUUUUAUAUCAUAGGAACUUCUCUGAACACAUUUUGUAGUAAAGCGUCCGUAGUUUUCAACUCGUGUGUGUUUGUGCUUCAUGGUGUUGAUAGAGUGCCGAGAUAUUACAGAGGUAUCAUUUCAAGCUAUGAGGAGAAACCUUCCUUACUCGUUGCCAUUUACCCUACGAACCGUAUACAGCCUCUCGGUACAGUUCAAGAUGAAGUCUUCCAUGCGUGCAGUUUGAUAGAUAACAGUUGGCAAGGGGAAGAAGGGUUGAAUUUCAUUAAACCGUUAUGUAGAGGAGAGCCACAAAGGAGGGAAGAGUUAAGUACCUUUUCAGCGGCAGUAAUGAGCUCUAGAAUAUAUGUAAUUCAUGGUUAUAGAAAAAUUGAAAAAGAUCACCGAAACUACGAGUUUUGGGUCGAUAAACCAGCUGUGGUACACUGUUUUGACCCAAAUUACAAUGUGUGGACAAACAUUACGUCAACCUGCCUUCCUCAUUUUGAAUCCAGUCUUUUUGUUGUCAAUGACAGACUUUGUGUGGCAGGGGGAAAGAUUUGUAAGGGUCGUGGCGACCCUGCGCCUGUGGAAGUGUAUCAUGAAGGUACUAACACCUGGUCCGUAGUGCCUCAGAAACAUAUUCCCACAAACGACUCGGGCGCAGUGGAAAUAGAGGGGAGGGUGUAUUUCAUAAUCAAUAAAUUUCCAGUCGAAUUCCAUCUGAGGAAAUGUUUCAAGUUCACUUAG